AUGGAUUUUGAUGGUAUUAGCAGUGAGUUUGGAAAUGAAUAUUUAGGCAAAUAUGGUAGUUGUGGAGGGCGUAAAUAUUUGUCUACUGAUUGGGAGGGUUAUAUUACUCAUGAGGGUCAGAAGUUUGAGGGUGGAGUUUGUGAAUUCCGUGAUAAGUUGGCUAAGUACGCGAUUGAGAAUGGUUUUAAGAUGAAGUAUUUGAAGAAUGAGCCUCGUCGUGUUACUGCUGUGUGUGCUAAGAAGGAAUCAAAUGGCUGUGAGGGGAAUGUGCAUGCUGUUAAGUCUAAUGUAAAUGGAUUUUUCUAUAUUAAGAAUUUAAAUAAUGUACACAGUUGUAGUGGUUUGAUCCGUGAGAAGAGAAAUAAGGCAAUGGGGUCUCGUUUGGUGUCUUCAAUUGUCAAAGAUAAAGUUCGUAGCAAUCCUUUGGUAAGGCCUAUUGAGCUAAUUACUGAUUUGAAAGAAAAUUAUGGAUUGGAUGUCCCUUAUCAUGUUGCGUGGUAUGGGAAGGAGUCGGCUACUAAGGAUUUACAUGGUGAUGAGGAGUUGUCUUAUGCUCACCUGCCUUGGUAUGUUGAUGUUUUGAAGGCCAGCAAUGUCGGGUCUCAUUGUGUGCUUGACUGUGGCGAGGAUGGUUCUCGUUUCCAGCGGAUCUUUAUAUGUUAUAAGGCCUCCAUUGAUGGUUUUCGAUGGUGUAGGCCUAUGCUGUUUAUUGAUGGUACUUUCGUUACAAACAAGUACAAGGGUACUCUUCUAGGAGCUACUGCAAAGAAUGGGAAUAAAGGUACUCAAGCUUCACGUACUCCACAAGAGAGACAUUCUCAAGGUCGAGCAGCUCUGGACUUGUUAUGA